GUUAAUAGAAGGCGAUCUGUCCAUCCAGGUGAAUCUGAACGACUACCUGGACAUCUACUGUCCCCACUCCCCCAUCCAGGAGGGCGGGGCUGCAGGCCAGCCCCACACGCUGGCACUGUACCUGGUGGCAGAGGCGGGCUUCCAGGGCUGCGUGGAGACGAGGGGAGCCACCAAGCGCUGGGAGUGCAACUCCCCCCAUGCCCCCUUCGGACCGCUGCGCUUCUCAGAGAAGGUCCAGCGCUUCACUCCCUUCUCCCUCGGCUUCGAGUUCCUGCCGGGACACCACUACUACUACAGCUCUCUGCCGACAGAUGAAGGGCCGCCCCUACCCUGUAUGAAGCUGCGUGUCAGCGUGUGCUGUGAGCCCACAACAGAGGGCUCCAAGCAAGAGCAAGGUACCCCAGCCUCUCGCAGCCGUGUGGGCUCUCUGAGGCCAGCUCCUCUCUUCCUCUUCCUCCCCCUCUUCCUCUUGCUGUCUGUCUGAGGGCCCUCUGCUCUGAGGGGCCUCUGUUCUGCGCUGACCUCAUUACUGUCCCCCGUGUUUCCUACACGUAGCACCGCUUCAGAACCUGUCUCCACACACACACCAGCCUGCCGAGGUCCACACACACACCAGCCUGCCGAGGUCCACACACACACCAGCCUGGGCUGGGGUUGGGGACUAGACGGCAACUUGCUACCAAAGCCACAGGGAAUCAGAAGCUGCUUGGCCAAAAUCCCAGUCAUCACCCUCAGUACUGGUCCAUUGAUUCUUAUCUUAAAUCUGACACCGAUUCAAGUCUCGGUGAUUAUUAAGUCACAGAGUGAUUUGAUGAUUCGCUAUUCAUGAAACGAUUCCCUAUCAAAGUUUUAAUCAGGCAGGAAAUUGAACUGGAAAUGGAAUUAGGUUUUAUAUAAUUUUUAUCCCAUGGUCAUUAAAGACGGGAUUCACGGAUACAUACAUAGGGCAGAGUCCUGGCCUGAAUCAUUCCCUCAACAGGGUCUCCAUUGUUUGAAAUGCACUGUUAUCUACAUAACAUCUCAUGUCCAUUUAAAACUCCUAAUUGGAUGAACACUUUAAGGGCAAAGGUAUUUGUUCUUGCCAUAUGUACAUACGCACGCACACACGCACACACACACACACACACUCAUUGCAGGAACACACACGUACAAAUGCACAGUUGAGUGCAUUUUCUCUGUCCUUUUCUGGAGUGGCACUAAUCUUUCUUCUCUUCCCCUCUUUUUUUCCUGUGCCCAUUCACUCCUCCGACUCUUUUCCAUCCCUCGUUCCUGAUCAGAGCCCCCGCUCGCCCCCCCCCCGAAACACUGUAGCACUAAUCUACCAUCAAAGCUCUCAUUCCUCAUUUCACACCUAUUCUCUUCACCAUCACCCUCUCUCCACCAGUCCUCCUCUCUCUCUCCCGUCUAAACAUAAGCACUGAGCCAAAGUGGAGCGACGAAGCUUGACGUGUUGACGUGGCCCUGGGCUGAGAGGCUGUAGAAGCCCUGGGCUGCAUGUCAACAGGACGACAUGGAAUUCACACUGACUGUAUAGUCUCGUCUGACUGAUUUGCAUCCAAAACGGGUACAAUCACAAACACUUCUACGGUGGUCAAACUUUGAACUAGAGACGAUCUCUGAAUCUGGCUGCUGUCUUGCCUGGCGAGUAUAAAGGAGACCUGGGAAUAAUCUGGAAUAAUCUGGAGUCUGGAUUAAAUCAAACAGAUGCACCCCCUACUGGGAUUAACCUGGAGUUACGACUCGGCGCGAGCCCUGCUGCUCUGAGGUCGAACUCUGACCCAACCCCCAUUACCUGGAGGUGGUCUGUCUAGCGCUCCCAAACCUGUCCUGGUCUGGGGUACAGCUCCCCCCGGCCUCCUGCUGUUUCUCCAUCCAGGUCACAGCCUGAGAGAGGGGGAUGUGGGGCGCAUGGGCUGAGCCUCGUCUCGCCCCACUGAGCGCGCUCCACACGGACGAGGAUGAUUGGUUGAUGCUCCUGACCAACCCGCUGUGCAGGUAUUUACUGCAGAGCACCAGCCUGGGGAGGCUUGUAGCGGGUGUGCUGAGAACUAUGUGUAAUUAUUUUUAUAUAAAAACUGGGAAAAGGCCGAAGUCAGUUUAGGUUUUGUCUAAGGGGCCUGAACACAAGUUAGCAGCCCUUUACUGUUAUUUCCCCCCAAAAUUGUUAGAGUAAUAAUUAAGUCAAAUACAGUACAUUUUUUUACUUGAUUGUAAAUGAUUUGAGACUUGUUCAUGUAUAGAUGGAGUCCUAGGUUUACUUUGUUGUAUUUUAAUUUGUCACAGUUAAUGUGCUACUGUGACAAAAAGUUUGAAUAUCAUUGCAGGAAAUUUGCAUUUAAUUCAAGCAAAAUUACCUCAAUUAAUUCAGUUACUUCAUCAAUGCAAAUGUUUAAUUUAGGACGGAUAUUGUGUACAUUUUUCACUUGAUUAAUAGUCAUUUUUAUGAAAGUUUACACAGUUUUUCAUUUUAAAUAUGAAAUUAUUAAAUAACAUUGAAUAGCUUAUAGUUAUAUCAUGAACAACCUGGAAAUAACGCAGUUAUAUAAUUGUUUUCCCUAAAUCUAAAGUAAUUUCAAACUCAACCUAAUUUAGAAUACAUUUUUACCAUUGUGUAAAUGUAGAUUUUACCCAUUUUCAUUAUUUGUUGUUUUGUGUCGCCCAAUAGAAAAAAUAGAUUGUUUUAGUUUUUUUUAUAGGGAGAGGAUAUGUGCCUGUUAGCACUUAAAAAACUAGCAAUGUGCUUCAAAUUUGGUUCUAAAUCUAUAAAUUCGAAGCAGAUUUAUUCAGUAAUGUUUACUGUUAUGAUCGCAAGUCAGGUGGGAACUAGGGUUUAGAAUCUUGUGACGAUCUGGUAUUACAGUCAAUUAAUAGAAAUCUUUUGUGUUUAAAAAAUAUAUAUAUUUGUUCCUGUUUUGUUUUCACAUUUUAGUGAAGAAUGUUCCAUCUUCUGUGAAGAGACUUGCAGUCUUUUUUUUUUACAAGACGAGGCUAAAUAAAUGAUUGCAAAAUG